CAAUUGCAGGCUUUUCCUUGUUUACAUGUAAUUCACUCUGCCCCCUCUGCCAUUAAGACCACCUCAAACACACUCCCUCUGCUUCUCUCUCUUGCCACCAACCACCUUAUCCGGCACCUCCCGCCGGGAUCUGGCCGGCGACCCUCGCCGAGAAAUCAGCAACACUGCUCAUAUUCCAUCAUUUGCCUCUCUGCCGACCCCACUUGAGCUUCGCUGCUGCAGUACAGAGUCAGCAUUCUUUGUCUGAUCGAGUGUUCAUGCAAAUUUUGAUCGGAUCUCUUUCUGGGAAUUUCUUGAAUCGAGAAUGCUGGAUGGGUUCCUGAACUUUCCGGCGGAAAGUUCCGUUUAUGGGCUGCGGUUCAGCUCGGCUCUGUUCGCCUUGUGAAGCUCUACCAUUGGUGAAGUGACAAAAAAGUCACUUUGUGCUCAAGGCUGCGAUUCCGGGUUGCUUGAUUACUCUCAAGUUUAUGAAGAUCGAGGGAUGUUUGAGAGAUUCUAGGCGUCUUUAGUACUUUAUUUAAUAAGUAAAGGGCCGAUUUUUUUUUGUUAUUUAAAUAAAGAAAUAUUCUGAUGGUUGUUGGGAAAUAAUAUAUAGGUUCAGAUUCUUGCGAUAUCUUUUAUUCUGGGGAAUAUUUAAGGUUUACCAGAAAGGGGAGUGUGUAGACUCGGAUAAUGCGCUGAGAAUGUGUAAAUUAGAGGAAUCUGAUAAGCAGUGCAGUUGUAGGCACGGCAGAUUCAGCAGAAUGGGGCUGGUGGUCCUAGCCGAAGGUAAAGUUCGGAACUUUAAGAACAGCGUGGCUUCGAAAUCCCGGACUAAGAUGUGGAUUGUUCGGGCGAUCACGGCGGCGUUGAUUUGGACUUGUGUUUUCCAGUUGGUGGCUUUAGGGGAGACUUGGGGGCCGCGGUUGCUGAAGGGCUGGCCUUCUUGUUUCAAUCAGCCCGAGGCAGGAAGAGAAUUAUCCAAUUUAGUGCAGGAAUCAUCUGCUCAGGCAACCAAAGUGCUCCUUCCACCAAAGAGAGUGUAUAGAAAUAAUGGGUAUCUAAUGGUUUCGUGCAAUGGCGGGCUAAACCAAAUGCGAGCUGCGAUUUGUGACAUGGUCGCUAUUGCGAGAUACUUGAAUGUCACUCUUAUUGUCCCCGAGCUAGAUAAGACCUCCUUCUGGGCUGAUCCAAGUGACUUCGAUGACAUAUUCGAUGUUAAUCAUUUCAUCACAUCUCUGAGGGACGAGGUCCGUGUGCUGAGAGAGCUUCCUCCUAGGCUGCGGAAAAGAUUCGAACUCGGAGCUUUCCACUCACUGGCACCUGUUAGCUGGUCCAACAUUUCUUAUUAUCUUCAUCAGAUUCUUCCUCUGGUGCAAAAGCACAAAGUUGUUCACCUGAACAGAACAGAUGCCCGCCUCGCUAACAAUGGACUGCCAAUUGAAAUUCAGAAGUUACGAUGCCGAGUGAACUUUAAUUCCUUAAGGUUUACGCCCAGGAUCGAGGAACUGGGCAGGAAAGUUGUCAGAAUUCUGAGGGAAAAUGGGCCUUUUCUUGUCCUCCAUCUUCGUUACGAGAUGGACAUGUUGGCUUUUUCGGGCUGCUCUCAUGGCUGCAACAUUGCAGAGGCUGAUGAACUGACUAGAUUAAGAUAUGCUUAUCCCUGGUGGAAGGAGAAAGUUAUAGAUUCCCAAAUGAGAAGAAAGGAAGGAUUAUGCCCAUUAACACCGGAAGAAACAGCUCUCGUAUUGACUGCAUUGGGCAUUGAUCCCAAUGUUCAGAUUUACAUUGCUGCUGGAGAAAUUUACGGGGGACAGAGAAGGAUGGCGAACCUGUCUGCCGCUUUUCCAAAUCUGGUAAGGAAAGAGACCCUCCUGAAACCUGAAGAGCUGAAGUUUUUCCAGAACCACUCAUCUCAAAUGGCCGCUCUUGAUUACUUGGUCUCUCUCGAGAGUGAUGUAUUUGUUCCCACGUAUGACGGAAACAUGGCUAAAGUUGUUGAAGGCCAUCGCAGGUUUUUAGGCUUUAAAAAGACGAUCUCCUUGGAUAGGAAGCUUCUUGUGAAUUUGAUCGAUCGCUACACAAAUGGUUUGCUGAGCUGGGAUGAGUUCUCCUCCGCAGUGAAGGAGGCCCAUGUCCUUCGCAUGGGCAGCCCGAGGGAACGAGUUGUGAUCCCAGACCGACCGAAAGAGGAAGAUUACUUCUAUUCCAACCCGUACGAGUGUUUGCAACUCUUAGAUGAACAAGUAAGAAGUGUAUAAUCGCUCGUCAUCCACUCUAACAACAGGCAGUCAUAUACGGAAACUUCUUCUGGAGUCCAGAGCGUUCCUCCCACAGAAAUUGGAAUUCCAAAUUCAGGGCAUUUCGGGUCCUCUCACGAGGAAUCGAUGAAGUUCAUACAGAAAAAUCGUGAGACUAUGGGAAGAUUCUUUAUGCUUUCAGAAUAACUGCAUUCAACACGACAUGGGAUAAGAAGAACAGGGGUAGGAUUUUACGUUUUGAGCCACUCGCAGGAUUUAAUUCUCGUCAUAAAACCGCAAAGUGCUUAACCGAGAAGAUUCAAACGCAAUAUCUGAUUCUUGAUCCAUCA